UGACAUUGAUGACAAAGACAAUGACAGUGACAGCAGUGUGAAAAACAACUUUCUUUGGCAGUUAUUGUAAAUCUGCGAUUUGAAUACGAAUUACACGCAAUUAGGAUAUGAAAUAUUUAAUUAAUUAAGUGUAAAUAGUGUAAUAGAAUUAUGGAAUCAAAUGAAAGUGGGGAGUCUGCUCAAGAAUUACCUAAGAUAAAUCGGGAACAGGUUGGAUAUCUCGGUAUAUGUGGACACAAUUUUCCAUUAUAUAUAGGUCGUAACAAAAUAGGAAAAGACCGAGAAACAUGCAAUAUAAUUUUAAACUUUGGUUGUAUUUCGAAAGAACAUGCCUUGAUAAAUAUAAUAGAUAAAAAAGAAUUAAUGGUUAUGGAUUUAGAAUCUGAGAGAUAUACAAAAUUAUCAUCUACCUACUUAAGUCCAUACAUACCUUACCGAAUAAAAGACGGAGACAUGGUGCAGUUUGGAGAUUUCUUUGGGGUAGUAAAUAUUUUGAAAGACGAUGAUGCGCAACCAAUAACGCAGGAUAAAGACUCCCCGGGUAUACCAGUCACCUCCAAUCAAGUCUCGAACAUCAAUGAGGCCCCAACCCCUUUGAUACAUGAUCUUCGUUCAGAGCCACUUUGUGUUAACAACAAGGCUGGCUCCUCUGUAACAAAAUCACGACGAAAACGUAGCAAAAAACCUGCAAAAAAAAAUAAAACUUUACCAAUAGAAGCAGGAGGACCUACCACAUCGACAACUUCAUUCAGUGUUAUUGACAACCCUAGCACUAGCUAUAACGAAUCAUCCGGACCGCGUGAAAUUGGCCAUGAUAGUAUUGCUAAUUGUGAAGACGACGUACUAGGACACACAACAAAACAUUUGCCACAAGUACGCAAAUUUGAUGACCAGCAUGAAAUGCAGUUAGAUAUUUAUGCAGCCACCGCCAACAAAGAGAAUAACGAAGGUGAGAAUAACGAAGGUAUAUUCAACGCUGAAACCGAACAAUUUGGUAUUCUUAACGAUCCGAUAGAAAAUCUAAACCAAAAUAAAAGUAAUGUAACAAACAUAUCCGGGUGCUCAGCCGGAGGACACAACGAACAAAAACUGAAUACUUCAGGAAGAGUAGACGAUGAAUGCAAUAAACAAGAAACAAAGGCCGUACCCGUGGAGCCGAAGCUCUUGGUGAUCCCGGAGAAGGCAUCCUCGUUCAGCAUCCACACGGGACAACAGUGCAAGGACCAGUGUUCCUACUGCAAGACCAAGUUCCGUCUUUUCGACAAACCGUGCCACAUCGCUCAGAUCAAGAAACCAGAAAUACAGAAGAAGGUUCUUGACAACGAGAAGGUACUGACUGUAGACAGUUGCCUAUGUGAUACGUGUUAUCGAUACGUACUCCGGCGCAACAACUACCCCCCUCGCCACAGGCGACCGCCCAUCAAACACUCAACGACCGUGACGCACAAGUUCCCCAAAAAACGCAACAUAAAAGUACGACGGCAACUGAAAAAUGAGACAAAAAAUAUACAAAAUGACAAACUUAAAAAGAAACCCGGACCCAAAUCUAAAAACAAGAAAUCUAAAGCAGCUGAUGACAAGAUUGACGGUGAGUCUUCUGAAAAGCCUAACGACAGUACUCUUGACGAAAUCAUAGUAAUAGAAAGCAGUGACGAUGAAAAACAGCAAAGGUUAGACCAGAACAAGACCCCAGUUCCCGAUGAUUAUAACCACCAAAGUAAUAGUUCUGAGGCAGACAGGCAAACAGAACUAAAACAACAGAAAGACCCCACACAAUUUCCACCUAACCUAGGUGUAAUAAAGAAGUUGAAAAAAGUACAGAAUGUAAAACGUAGUAUUCAAGAUCCAGACAGUCUACACAAAACACAAGAGGAACAUAUUAAGAAGGUAGAUUUGAAACCAGAUGCCCCACAAAAUGUGGGUUUCUGCAAGGCUUUUGAGGAGUAUAUGGCAAAAACAAAUAUUCUCAAGAAAAUCCCAAAGAAUGAACAAUGGACCAUAGAAUCCACAGCUAAUAAGAAACCGGCUGAUAUAAUCUUAAUGAGAAGCUUAGUUAAAAAUGCUAAAAAUGAAGAGAAUAGGGAAGACAUAGUAAAAGAUCAUAUCACUAUAGUAGAUAAUAUCACCCUGAGUAAAGAGUGUAGCAUAGAAAUCAUACCCAAAAAGAAAAUAUCUGACAUGAAUAUAUCAAAAAACAAAACUCAGACGUCUGAGAACACCACACAAGUUACGUCAGAGAAUAUUGGUCACACGAAACAGUCUAAUUCUGUAAAAAGUGUUAAUAAAGAGAGUGGCAAUGGAGUGCAAGAUUUGAAGAAGAGUCCAAUAGUAAGCAAUGUCUCGCUUAAAGAAAGUUCUAUAGAUGGUACACCGAAAAUGAAACACCCUGAUAUAAUUUAUACGAAAGGCAAGUGGCUGAUUAAAAAAGAAUUGAACGAGAUGUUAAAAAAAGAAAAUAAGUCUAAAGUCAAAUUUGUUAAACGUUCAAUUCCUAUGAACAGUUAUAAUAAAGAGAAUGGAGCAAAGGAAGGUAUCCCAAUUGUAAGAAAUGUUUCACUGAAUGAAGGAUCUGAUGUAGAAACCGCACCCAACAAGACACCACCUAAUAUAAACAUAUCAAAAAACAAGGGACACGUAAAGAAGACCCCAACUGAGAUAUCAAAGAACAAAAACAACUUAGAGUCCGAGGACCAUGUUAAGAUGCUGGAGACAAACCCUUCGAUUUCUAUCCGCAAAAUGGUUCCAGGCGAGAGCGAGAUGAACUUACAAUGUAAUAUAGAGUUUAACAAUGUGAAGGGAGUCACUUCUCAAGGUUGGGAGAAGUGCAAUUUUACGAUUCAGUUCGACGAAGAAACUAAGAAGGUUUGGAACGAACUCCAGGGGCCGUACGGCAACCGUUCCUCCUUUCUACGUCACCUUGUCCGCUUGGAGAAGUACUUUAGGCAAGGGGACUUAAUAUUAUCACCACGCGUUGACCCACAUAGUCCUGUACAGUGAUUCUAUGUAGAGCAGACAACGACAAAUGACAAUGGUGGUUAUUAUCACCUGGGCCAUAUAGAAUUUAGAAAAUAACUUCUAAAUAAGUCGUGAACUUAAAUACCUUGACAUAUGACCAGUAUAGAAGUGAAAAGAAAAGAACAUACACUACUAUAACUGCUACUAAAGCAAAAGAUAUCAAGUUGUCAAGUUCAGAGUUAAGAGCUGAUGACGAGGAUGCCGAUGUCCGAUCCAACGAUGGUAUUAUUAUACGCAAAAAGCCCAAGAGAACCAGCAAAUCUUGGAGGCCGAUUCACAUCUGUGGUGAGUUACCUACUUUAUAGAGUGUAAGCGUUAAAUGUCAUAUGUGUGGUUGUGACUAAUAAACUGUUUUCUGAAGAACCUAGUCAAGAUCACCCGUAGCAGUGUACGUACUUAAAGAUAAUUGCGGUACGUGCUCCGGUGAUAAAGCCAUAACUGACGCUUUAAGCGGAUAUUAGCUAUUAACAAAGUACCUCAAAGCUUUAAUAAAAAUUUUAAGAAAUAUUGUAGAAAUUGAAUUAUACUGACAACAUGGUGCCUUUUCUAAAAAUAUAUUACGCUGACUAAAGAUUUUUGAAUUACUUAUGUCUUUUCAUUUCAUACGAUGCGAUGAUUUGAUCCCAAUCACGUAUACAUACAAACCUAACUCAUAACUUCGUUUGUUUUCUGAAAAGAAGACUUGCAUUGUUUAUUUAUUUAUUUAUUCAUAUUGCGCAAUGAAUAUAUAAUAAGAAGUAUUACAUACAACUAGUACCUACAGUACAUUACUCUGUUAGGGCGCAGUAAUUUAACUCAUAACUAGAUAAUAUAUUUAUUUAUUUAAGCUUCAUGCACAAAGUGUAGAGGUAGUAUAAGGUGGUCUUAAACUUAAUGCCGCAGGCAUUUUCUCCCAGUCUGACCUUAUAAUAACAUGUUAUAUUUAUUGCCUAUUAUGUUCGAUAUACCUAUGCAAGCAGGUUAUGGAUUGUUAAGAAUUAUUAAAUUAUUAUGUUUUCGGCUUACUAACGUAAUAAUUUGACUCGACUAGUUUUAAGCCAUGCUAGGGGCUCAUAUUCAUGAGCAGCAUUUCGCGAUCCGCGACGCGGCUACUGUCUCGCUGCUACUGUUAAGAGUUGGUCCCAUCCCUUAUUCAUACAUACAUUGUAAUCACGUACUUAUUCUGCAAAACAUGACGCAACCGUUGUUAUCGUUUCUUAUCAGUUCAAUACUAUAAGAUACUUGAUAAAUUUAUAUUUCGUACUGCUCCUUUAGUUUCGCGUUGAUACUGUAAUGUGAACAUUAAUUUUAGAAAAAAGUUAUCCGAUUCGGUGAAGUUGAUCUGAAGAUAUACGCAUAAAAAGCGUCCAUCCAUUCAUUAUUAUUCGUGGUACGUACCACAUUGUGAUUGGAGAAUACCGCGAAGCGUGUGUGAGUGAUGACUCAUGAAUGACCUUGUUUCCCGCCAAUAUCUUGCCGUCUCCCUCACUCUGCUAUAGUGUAAAAUUCAAAUAAUAUAUUAAUAUUUAUAGCAGUGAAUAUAUGCAUAAAUAUGUAGGAAUAAAAAUAGUAUAAUCAAACUAAGUUCGAAAGUCAUAUUUGUAUGAUAACUAAUUCAAUGGAUGACUACAUUUGAACAGUUUUGACGUUCCGAUCUAGCAUCGCAAUUAUUUCGUAGAGCUUAACAUAGUCAUAAUAUAGUUAUGUAUUUUUAGUAUCUGUCAAAACAACAUUCUGUAUACACGUGUUCGACUCCCAGAAUAAUAUUAAUAAGUGAUGUUUUAUCCUCAUGGCUUUAAUCCAGCUAUCUAUACGAACCCAAUAAAGUUAACGUUCUUAAGAUAGCAGAGCUGAAAUCAUAAAUUAUGAAACAAUUCAAUGAAUCAAACUCUUAUCUAGUGCAUAAUAUUAAUUUACUGGUAAAGAACAUCCAAAGAGUUAAAAGAAAA